CAACACAGAACACAGGAGCAGUGGAAGACAUCGUGCCUAAUAAAGCAAGAGGUCUCCCAGACAAAGACACUCUUUGUACUGGCCCUUCAUAGACUAUGCUCUUACUGUGCAGCGCUAUGCCUUACUCUCCGAAGGGUAGGGAGGUGAGGGUGGUGGUGAGGGUCGCGCUCUCUGUCUCUGUCUCUAUCUCUCUCUCUCUCUCAUAAUUCCAGCUAGUAGAAACCAACUCCAUGAGUGGAUCUGCUGACAACGCCUUCACAAGGGAGGAUAGCGAGAUCCUAAGUAACACUCCGUGACAAGCGUCAGAGGAUUUCGGUCGGGAUUGACAAUCCAUUUGGCUUCAUGUCCAUCUAGUCUGUGGUGUGGCUAUAGGAAGAUGCGACUGUGUAUUGCUAGGAAGUCAUGCGGUUGUAACGUGAAACUCGAAACCUGAAGUCCGUUUCCUUUCUGUUACAUGACAGCAGGUAAAGAAGAGAUCAUGGCUUUGUGCGUAAUGCUACUAGUAUGUUUGGGAGCACUAGCAAUUCCAACUGCUGAGUCACAGGAUACUGUAGACGUCUCCAACAAAACACUAAAAACCAUUCCAAACGAUCUACCUGCAAACAUCACAAAACUAAUACUGAGCAACAACUCCAUAAAACUUUCGAGCCUAGAUAUGGAUACUCUGGCCACCUAUGAGAGCCUGACAGAACUCGCUCUUGACGGCAACCUCAUCGCCACUCUGCCUGACAACCUGCUCUCCACCCUCUCACCCAAACUGAGGAUCCUGAACCUCUCUCACAACAGCAUCAGCAUGCUGCAGCCCAAGGCCUUGAAUGGGUCAGCUGCACUGACUGAGUUGGAUCUCUCCUACAACCACAUAGCAUCUCUACCACCUGAGCUGUUCACUGGGUUGCCCGGCCUGAAGACGAUCCACCUAAAGAGCAACCUUCUCCAGACCAUGGAGCUGGAAGCAAGCGUGGCAGGGGAACAUUUAAAACAGCUGACUCUGGAGGACAACCCUUGGGACUGUUCCUGCAAGUUUGUCAGUAUCAUGAAAUGGUUUACCGGUUCUGGUUUACUGAACGAUACAAAAGCCAAAUGUUCAACUCCACAAGAGCUGCUUGGCAAAAGCAUACUCAAUGACGAUGCCUGUUCCGAGUCAACCCAGGCACCAACUACCACAGCCUUUGCUAGACAGAGCACUACCACCACCACCACAACCACCACCACCACGACAACAAGCACAACGAGCAGCAUACCACCGAAACCCAGCAAUGACAGCCAGUCAAACAAAGAUUCAGUGGGUCAAGAAGAUGGUGGCAGCGGUGGCGAGGGGACCACUGGUAGCGGGGGCAUGCCGUCGGUGGGGAACACCUGGAAGCUUCUGGUGGGGGUGGUGGUGAUCGCCCUCAGCACGUCUAUGGUCAUUGUGUGUGCUGUCAAGUCCCCCUCUUGGUACAAGCUGCUCUUCAACUACCGCCACCAGCGUCUACGAGAGGAAGGGGGCCCCGGCAACAUCUGGGCAACUGGCCGCUACUCUAACUUCAGCCUGGAGACCGAGCAGACGGACACUAGUGUGGACUGCGUCUGUGACAUGCAGGAGAUGGAGGAGGAGGAUGACGAUGAGGAUGAGGACGGCUUCAUAGAGGACCGAUACAUAGAGCCAGGGGACUACAAGGGGGACUACAAGGAGCAGACGAGCCCUGAGGAAGAGUGGAUGGAGUGAUGGAGUAGAGGGCUAUUCAUUCGGACCAAAAACAGACUCAUAUGGCAGAGGACAAGGCCUCGUGUGAAAUGUUAGAAGAGAGCCAUCAUGAGACAGUGUUUAAAGAUGGGCUCUUCAAGGACGUGUUUGCGUUUACAACACAAAUCAGUGUUGUAACUAGCGCCAUCAAUGCAGUUUCACCGAUUUCUUACUGCAUUUCCCUAAUGCAAAAGAAGAAAAAAAAACAAUCCUAUAUGAAAUGUUGAAAAAUGCCAACUCAACGGCGGUAUCUCAACCAUGGCAUGGACUGUAACUAUUGUUUAUUGCUUAUGGAAAACACUGGAGCAAAAGAGCGCUUUUGAGUUGCACAUGAUCAUGAAGGAUGCUGAGGGGAACCACAUUGUUGUUUUCAGAAAAGCAACCAGGACUUCAUUGUUUUAAUGUCAUAUUUAAGCAUUGUUGAAAGUGCAUUCAUUAUUUAAAGCCUAUAAGUUAGGGCAGGAGCAGCUCACAGAAUACAGUGCAAGAUUUGAACUGCUUUAAAGCAAAUGCCUAUUAUUGGUUGAUUGAAUUUUUCUAGAAUUUGGAUGAGUAAAACUCAACUUGCAAUAAGUAAAACUACUAUCAAAAGGACAUUUUCAUAAUAGCCUGAUUGAAACCUGCCUUUGUGCUAGUCUUUGUGCUAGUCUGCUAGAUAAUCAUCUGCCUAUGGUGUUUGUCAGGGUUUCCUUUAAUUAGCAUGGUUUACUCUGGUGAUAUUGCUACCAUGUCAAAGCGUCAAACACAGUCGAGCACACACAAACGCCUUUGCAAGAUCCUUGUGUGACUACUGAAUUCACAUGCACACCCAGGUAUCCUAAUAAGCAGAUAGAGCAGCAUGGCUAAGCCAAUAGUACUAUUCUUUCAAACUCGCCUUCCAGUGCAAACUAAAACACUAAUACAACAGCCACCAUUGAUGCAUUGUCAGAAUGUACAUGAGAUACUGUAUGUUUUCUCAGGGUAUUGCUAGGGGGUAUUUUCUGGUAUUCUGGUUUGUGCCAAUUGAGAUCAAUGCUUCUAAAAAGGGCUUCUAGAAGUAAUUUAAGUGAUGAGAACAAUUGCAUACCAAAGGUAUGCAAAACACAGUUUGAUCAGGCCUCACUCAAAAUGAAAUAAUAAACCUCUCUAUGUCAAACACUUUGA